GUGCAUUCACUGCAAAGAGAUAGUAGUGAGCAAGAACUCCAGCAGUCCCCUCCUGAACAACUAAUUAUAAUCCAAGAAGAUUGUAUCGAAACACGAUUAGAUCUACCUAUCAGUGCUUUCUAGUACAGUGCUAGUGUGAUCGUUUUAUGCCAGUGGAUUUGCUGCAGAGAGUCAACUGCAAACUAAACUGCAUGUACAUGCAAAGAACAUACUAUUAACUGCAAGUACAAAGAAUCUCCUGAAUUCUCUACAAAGAUGUCUGAGUUCAUUAAUGUACCAAAUAUCACAAUAACCAAAGACUUAAUAGAAAGAAUCCAGUUUUCACUUUCAAGUCGAAAUGCUGAGAACAAAGUAGCCGAAUGUGCUGUCCAUGUAUUUGCUUCAAAAUAUGUUGAGAAUCUCCAAGAAAUUCAGUGGCAGUACGUCACUUCGGGAGUACCGUGUUUGUUGAGGAAUCGUGAGCUGCAUAAAAACGGCCGAAAGUACAUGUGGUCCAUGAACCUAUGUCUAUACAAUGCUCAUUAUGGAGUCUUGGUCUGGAAGUCAAAGUUAGCACCAAAUUGUGAAUACACCGCUGUGGCUGAUAAUUUCCAAGUUUUCGCGCUGAGUGAAGUCAAUGUGAUUAUGGGCAUGUUAUACUCGUCUAAGGAACAAGCGUGUGAGCUCAAUACAGUAUACACCACCUGGCAUCAAGAGAGACAGAGAGAUGACGGGAAGAAAGGUCCAGCUUCCACUGAGAGUGUUGCUCAACCUGCUCGAUUCCGGAAGGAAAUGAUUUCAAAGCCUUGCAAUUUUCAGCACAUUCAAGGCACCCAAGCAAUCGAAGAAUGUCUAGAGAUUGAGAAGACAAAGGGCGACAUCCUUGCAGCACUUUUUGGGCUGGGCACAUCAGCGGGAAGGUCAGAGGCCGAUGGACAGGCUGUCAAGCGAAAAUCCUCACAAUCGAAGAAAUCAAAGCACGAAAUUUCAAAGCCAAAAACGACAUUCAAGAUGAUAAGUAUCCCUCAAACUUCCCUGAACACUCCCCCCACCUCUCCAUCUAUCUCUCCUCUACCGUCUGCCAUCGAGCCAUCCUCAGCUCAUGAGCAACUACACAUGGCACACACGGUACAGAUCCAAGCCACUGUGGAUAUUACUAAUAAUGGUUAUCAAGAGGAAUUUGCUCCCCCCGAAGUUUCUCCAACCGAACCUAGCCAGGUAUUUCAACCACCCCCUGUUGAGCAACAAGUCCCUAUGGUGCAGGUGGUGACCACUGAUUUUAUCGAGGAUCAGAAUGACCAAUUCAUCUCCAACGAACCUGCCACAAACAGUCAAGAUUCUCAACCACCACCAAUGUACGAUCAACUCAACUCUGGAAAUCACAACGAAGAAUAUGACACUCUUGAGCCCGAAAAAAGUGUGCCAUACAAUAACAGUCAGGGCAGCUUUGCUUAUAGCCAGUCACCCCCUCGCCUAGACUUGAAUCUCGAGAAAGAAUUCACCGAGUCAGUUCUGUUCCAGUCUACUUUGAUGUCUGCCAACUAAUGCACGGAUGCUCUGCGUUCUCACUGAGUUUUGUUUUCUACUUAAUAGUGUCACAGUACGUUGUUAUGCAUGCAGUGUGUACAUGUUUAUAUUGUUAAUAACUAUUAUGUCACAAGCAAAGCACUCACGUUGACAUUCAGUACAAAGUCUAUAGUAUGCCUAUCUUAGAAGUAAUGAACCAUGCACUGUUCUGCGUAUAUCUUUACUGUUGUGUCUUCCGUACCUUUUGCUACCAAGUUUUCCUUUUUCCACUUUACUUUAAACAGUUUUGCACUGCUUUUCAUCAAUCUAGUUUUGUGUGUGUCCAUGAUUAUACAUGUAUAGUUGUGCUUUGAA